GGCAGGGAGCCACGUUACGUUUGCCACGUCUUUUGUUUACAUUGAGAGAACUAUUCUGUAUUUACUGUAGUUGCUGACUUCUGAUUUUGUUUACUAGAGAAAUGAUCUAUUUCUUGUAUAUCAUACCUCACACUACCUAGCAGCAUUCUAAAUAACACAGUAACACAGCUCACUCAUUUUGAUAUCAGCAGGAUGAUGUUUGCAUUGACAACUUUACUAGCAGUGGUGGGACUGGUGACCGGUGAUGGGGUUGGACACAACAAGCUUCUCAACUUCCCCUCAGCCUCCAUUGCCAACUACAUCAGCUACAAGACUGAUCUACCUGCUAUGACUGGAUUGACCGUGUGUGCCUGGCAGCAGAAGAGUUACUCCGAUGAUAAAAGAUGCUGGUUCAGCUACGCGGUCUCAGGAUCAACCAACGAGAUUCUCUUGGGAGAGAGGGAAAAGGGUGUCUACGUCUUCUACUUUGCUGGAAGCAACUUUGGAGCUAACGUGGGGAGUUUAGAGAACCAGUGGGUGCACGUCUGUGCAGCCUGGGAUUCAGAAAGUGGAGUAGCCGUCAUCAGUGUCAACGGAGAAGCAGCAGCAACGCAAGAGAACUUUAAAAAGGGCGCUAGCGUGAGUGCAGCAGGUAACUUGGUUAUCGGACAGGAGCAGGAUUCUGUAGGAGGAGGCUUCGACGCUAGCCAAGCGUACGUUGGCAGACUUUACAACAUCAACGUGUGGAAUUACGCUCUCAACUCCACUGAAGUGUCAUUCCUUUACGAGACAGGUCUUUGUGGAUUCGGCUCCACUGAGGAGGACCCCAUCAUCUCUUAUGCUGAUAUUCUGGGCCAGGAUAUGACAGGAAAUUUGGCCGUUGUUGAUGGGCUCUGCAUUGACCUUGAGGAUCCAAGUGAAGGGCAAAUCAUGAGGUUCCCUCCACAGUCGAAAGCUAGCACGAAAAACUUCUUGCAGUUCACUCCCAACUUCGAAGCAGACGAUUUCGCAGAGUUCUCCAUCUGCACCUGGUUCUUCAAGACAUACGGAGACCAGUCUAGGUACUUCCUGAGUUACGCAGUUUCAGGUCUGGAUAAUUCCAUCAUCCUAGGUGAACAGGCCACCCUUGGCUUCUGGGUAAGCGGAGAGAAAAUCCUGACAGACAUUUUACUAGACCAGCAGACUUGGUAUCACCUGUGUUUUACAUGGGCUUCAGACAGUGGUGCUGCGAUCUACGUGGACGGGGCGAAAGUAAAAGAAGGUGCUCUAGCCACGGGAAAGACACAAAAUGCUGGUGGUGUGAUGAAUGUGGGACAGGAGCAGGACUCAGUUGGAGGAGGUUACGAUGCAAACAAGGCUUUUGCAGGGAGUCUGUACAACCUGAACAUGUUCCGAUCAAAGCUGAGCGAUGAUCAGGUGACAAAGCUUUACGCUGAAGGAACUUUCUGUGAGAAGAUUCCAGAUGAGAUGUGGGAAGCUGGAGCAGUGAUGGUGGCCUACAAGGACUUGUUCAGUCUCAUUCCUGGCGGAGAUGUUGUGUUCGACAGUGGGGAAGCAGCUUGGAGACACGGUGCUAUCCACUGUAGAGGAGAUGAUCUGGACGUGGACGCUCACAAACCAGACUGCUGGAAAACUGAGAAGAAUACCAGUUAUAAGGACAGCGGAAGUUUGGGAUAUAUUGUGGGGGAUCUGGAUGCAGCUAAGGCAGCGUGUGCUGCUUACGGUAAGUGUAAAACGCUGACGUGCGCCGAUAAGGAUGGUGUACUGAAGUGUGAGAUGAAGGAAUCGAUUGAGAAGGCAAAGAAGGACAAGAAGAAAACCUCAUAUACUUACAGAUGUUAAAUCUGAGAAAAUAGAAGAAAAAACAUCGCAGUUGUUGUUGAUUACUAACUGUUUAAUCUUUGGAGACUUUUCAAAUCUAAAUUUUUUUCUUAUGAUUAUGAAUGGUAUUGAUAAUGAAAAUAUAAAUAAAGUUGUUGUACUU